ACCUGGAGCCACCGGAAGAGCGAGUUAACUCUCCCCGCCCCGGCAGCUCAGUCAGUCCGACCUGAAGAGAAGGCGAGUCCACGGCUAAAAAUAUAAUAGCUAACACAAGAUGGCCGGUUUGCCUCGUAGGAUUGUUAAGGAGACACAGCGGUUGAUGGCGGAGCCCGUUCCAGGGAUCACGGCUACGCCUGAUGAGGGGAACGCACGUUACUUCCAUGUGGUCAUUGCAGGGCCUCAAGACUCUCCUUUUGAAGGAGGCACAUUUAAACUUGAACUAUUUCUUCCAGAAGAGUACCCCAUGGCAGCUCCCAAAGUGCGAUUCAUGACCAAAAUCUACCACCCCAAUGUUGACAAACUGGGAAGAAUAUGUUUAGACAUUUUGAAAGAUAAGUGGUCUCCAGCCCUGCAGAUCCGUACAGUGUUGCUAUCUAUCCAGGCGUUAUUAAGUGCUCCCAAUCCAGAUGAUCCCCUGGCAAACGAUGUCGCAGAGCAGUGGAAGAAAAGCGAAAGCAGUGCCAUCGAGACAGCCCGAGCAUGGACCCGGCUCUACGCAAGAAAAAACGCCUCGAGCAUGGACCAGGCUCUACGCUGGCAACACUGAAGUAUAGAAGAAGAGAGACGAGGCGUCUGAAUGUGAUCCACAAAAUGUACUCCUGUUCUGUCAACAUUUGAAUUUAACGGACACAAAAAAAAGAAAAGAGGAAAAAAAAAAAAAAAAAAAAGAUUAUAAGUCCAAAUCUAUUUGAAAGAAAUGACGAGAUUUACUGCUGCAGACCUCUGGGUGACUUAUUUUCCUCUCUCUAAGAUGCGUUAAGUGUGUUAACCUUUUUUUUUUUUUUUCUCCUGUGUUGCUAUUUAAAUGCAUGGACAGAGAAUGACACCCUCCCCACUACAGUCUUAAAAAUAACAUGCAAUAUGUUGUCCUGAACUAGGCACAUACUGGUACGUUUGCAAACAUACAUUAAAGCUGUUCUUCUUUUAACACAUGCAUUAUUUGUCGACACAUCUGUAUGUCUUUUUUUUUUGUGAGAGAUAAAUGAGGCGGGGCGAGGAAUACAAGCGAUAAAGCUCCUCUCUGUUCUUUUUAGGGAAUACGUUGAGUGUUUUUUUUGGAAAGUAGCCCUUCCAUUCGACGAGGACGUUAGUUGAAUUCCCACUCCUGUGUGUGUCUGUGCAGCACGUCACAACACUGAAUAAUAAGUCUACUGUAGUUCAGCAUCAUCUCAAGACCACACGGGGCACUUAAUACUCAGCACAGCAAAGACUAUCUUAAUUUGUAAAAUCAGGAGUCGAUUUAAAGGGGAAGUAGUUCAAUCCCACGUAAUCCUACAACUGUAGCACUAAUCGAGUUUUAAGAAUUAGACGCAAGAAACCUUUUCAUCCACGGACAACUGAUGGAUGUUCAUUCCAUCGUUACACAGUACUGGACAGCCACAGCUUAACGUCUAAAGGAGUUUAGUCCACGAUUGGUGUAAAUUUUGUGGCCCCCAGCAGAUGUAAUUUUUAACUUAGGUUGAUAGAAACGACAGAGUAUUGUUUGAUGUAGAUACCCGAGCCUACUUUAGGUGAGGACUUGGCUUCUAAUAAUCCAAAAAUCUAUCUGCUGAUUUAAUGUUUUUUUUUUUGCGCUUUCAGCGUACUGUCUGCUGGCAGUAGUAUAAAAUCUCGCCAUAUCUUCAAAAGUUUCCACACUUGUCGGGGGUUUAAUGUUUGUUUCAUCUGCCUGUUUCAUAAGUUUCAGUAAAAAAAAACCUUGUUGGACGGUUUGGGGGGAGGGUGAGCAGGUUACUUCAGCACGCCUUUUAAAAAAACUAAACAUGAAAAAAAAAAAGCCAUUCCCAACACAUUCAGAAAGGUAGAAUGAUGCAAAUCUUCUUUGCGUUGAAAAGAAACUGUACGCAUGUUGUAGCAGACUACUAAAAUGUGUUGAAAAUGUCCUUUUUUAUUUUAAGGGCGUAGGAGCUGUUCUUGUUUUUGUUUUACCUUUUUUUUUUUUUUUUUAAACUGUCUGUCCAUGCUAUCUAUGUUGCCUGUUCUCUAUUUUAUUUUUCAGUGUUACUUCAUUAAAAAAAACAAAAACAAAGGCAUGUACCGUAAUCAAACUGAUAUCAGGACAGUCUAGCGUAGUUUGUGAGAGUCUUUAAAGGGAAAGUUGAGGCUUUUUUUUAAAGGGGCUUUGUCGUCAAUAUAA